AUCCGCUAACGUGUAGUAACCACCUGCAAAAAAUAUCACCUGCCUGUUAAAUUCGUUAACUUUCAUUUUCACCAUGCUCUGGCUAACUAAAGUGAGAAACAACACGACAUUGUUCGUUUGUUUAUUUUUGAUUCAACUGUCCGUUUCCUCUGCCGGUCCAACUCGUUCGUCCAACUCGGUUGCGGACAAGUUGCGCACCCUAGCCAAUAUCCGGCGAAGCACACGCAACGACCCGUACGCCUUACAGGCGUAUUACCGACCGAAUGAUGCAAAUGAAUUGAAUCAUGAGGCUGACACAAACGAGCUAUUCAUUGCAACAACUGAACAACUCCUGCCAGUGGAGCCAGAAAUGAACACAGAGUCCACCGGAAUUCACGAUCCCGCCCAUACUUUCGUUUUUUCGGAAGGGCUGCACGUUCCACAUUCAGCUACGACUGAACAUCCGGCUUUUGCAGAUUUUCAGGAAAGCUUUCACAGCAUUUCAAACGACAGGGAGUCUGCUCCGGAGGAUCUUUCAGUGUCUCUUUCAUUUCCCCUUUUACCAACGGCUCCUUCAGAUUCGGUUCAUUUGCCUCUUACGUAUCCGUCUGUCAACGCCACAACGUUUCCAUUGGCUACUUACAUUGGCAUUGGCUCUUUGCCGUUGAUGCCAAAUGAAGCCAUCCCCUUCGUGACGUCAGAAUCGCCAGACAAUGCCGUCGUUCCAGAUAAUUUAGCAGUAGCUUCACCUGAACAAGUCAAUAACGGUGAUGUUGUUCCGCUGGAUUGGAUCCAAAAGGAGAGCACGACGCCUGCCUCCUACACCGGCUCACCAUUCUCCAUCAAUCAUCCUACCGAUGAUUCUUACAUUGUUUCCACUAUCCCUACUAAAUUUGGUAGCUCUUCCGGUCGUCCGUUCGGAUCUUCUCCACAGCCGCGUGAACUGGGUUUCCCUCCCGUGAGUAAUACUCACGAAAAUUUUGAUGUUCAAGUCAAUUGGGCCGAAUUCAGGUAAUUUGGCACACACGCAUUUGUCAUCAUGUGUUUUGUAACAUAGUCUACAGUCAA